AUGUCAUAUCAUUUACCAUUUGCUAAACCUUACCCCAAUGAACCAUAUCAUGCUUAUUGGAAUCAAGUCACUUCAACAAUAGAUUGGUGUGAAGAAAAUUAUAUUGUGACUCCAUAUAUUGCAGAAGCUAUAAAUACUAUAUCAAAUUCAAUUUUUAUAUUAUUAGCUGGAUUUGCCAUGUUUUCUGCAUUUAAAAAUAAUUUAGAAUUGAGAUUUAUAUUGAUAAGUUUUGGUUUUGCUUUAGUUGGUGUGGGAAGUUGGUUAUUUCAUAUGACUUUACAUUAUGAGUUCCAAUUAUUAGAUGAAUUACCAAUGAUUUAUGCAACUUGUAUCCCAAUGUGGAGUGUUUUCAGUGAAGGUGUUUCCAAGAAAAAAUCAAUUACAAUUGGUAUUUCUAUAAUAUUGGGUGCAAAUUUAUUAACUGCAAUUUAUUUAUAUUUAAAAGAUCCAACUGUUCAUCAAGUUGCUUAUGCCUUAUUAAAUGUUUUCAUUGUGGGGAAAUCUCAUUAUUUAACAAUAAAAAACAUUCAUAAUCAAACAACCCAAAAACAAUUAUUUAUAACAAUGAUUAAAGGAAUUGGUAUUUUCCUUUCUGGUUAUUUCUUAUGGAAUUUAGAUGUUCAUUUUUGUAAUUCUUGGAUUUGGUUAAGAAGAAGUAUUGGUAUGCCUUAUGGUUUCCUAUUAGAAUUACAUGCUUGGUGGCAUGUUUUAACUGGUUUAGGUGUUUAUUUUUAUAUUAUUUAUUUAGAAUUAUUAAGAAUUAAUUUAUUGGGGAAACAAGAUGAUUAUGAAUUGAUUUAUAAAUUUGGAUUUUUACCUGAAGUUAAAUUAUUAAAAAAGGAUAAAAAUGAAUAA